CUGAAGAAAACGGCUUUCAAACUGUUUGGAGGGAAGAGGAGCAUCUGUACGCUGCCCAGUUUCUUCGGAGGCAGAAACAAAGGCCAGGGGAAAGCAGCCUCUAAAAAGGGCCUCGUUAAAUGUAAGACCCACGACGGGCUCAGCGGGGCUGCGUACGACAAGGGCGACGGGGCGCAGCUGGAGAGCCCUUCGGAGGGGAGCAGGGACUCGCAGCCUUGCCCUUUGCCCAGCUCCCAAAGCGCUCACUCGGCCGUAGACACCGGCGCCAAGUUUGAUUUCGGCCAGGGGGACAGCUCUCCACCCGGGAGUAUCGAGGGCUGUGAGAAAAAGCCCAACGGAGAGAAAUCCUCCUUUCCCAGACCCAAAAAAGGCCUGAAAGGGUUUUUUAACAGCAUCCGGCGUCACCGGAAGAGCAAGGUUGCCGAGUGUGAGAAGGCAGAGCGCCCCGAGUGGCCCGGGGAUUCGGAGGAGGCCAGCAAAGCUCCUGGUGUGGGAGUGGAGAGCCAAGGGGCCGCGGAGGGACGGGGACUGGGACCCGGCCCUCUGGCUGCGGCCUGCCCGGGGAGCUCGGAGGGUGACCCCUCGGUGGGCACGGCGGCCAAUGCGGCGGCCACGCCGGGGAAGAGGGAGGUUCUGGAUACGAAAUCGGAGGGUGACGCUGGCUACGGAGAGUUUGACCACGGCAAUCUGCUGCUGGCCUUUCAGCCGGACUUCAUGGACCACGACCCUCCCUGCCUGCACUCUGGGGACCUGCUGAGCCUCAUCUUAGGAGACGUCACGUCCCUGAAGAGCUUUGAUUCCCUGACGGGGUGCGGGGACGACAUUGCUGAGCCCGACAUCGCCGAGAGCACCAUCUCUGUGGAGCGCAGCAGAGACGCUACUAAACGCAGCUCCUGCCUGGUCACCUACCAGGGCGGUGGGGAGGAGAUGGCCAUACCCGAGGAGGCGGAGGAGUACCUCCACCAGAUAUGGAACGGCAGCGUGGCAGGGGAGAGGAGCUAUGGAGCCCAGGUGUCAAGCAGCAGUUUGGAGACACAUGCCUCGCACGAGGCGGAAGCCCACCCCUACCUGGGGGAUGCGAUGGACGGCGUCGACCUCCUGACGCCACAGAGUGACCAGCAAGAGUCCGCCCCUAAUAGCGAUGAGGGUUAUUACGACUCCACCACGCCGGGGCCGGAGGAUGAAGGCGGAGAUGGGCUGGGUGAGAUCAAGAAGGACCGUCUUCCCCGCGACAGUUACAGCGGCGAUGCGCUUUAUGAGUUCGAUGCGCUGAUGAGCCCCUCUCACGGGGAGGAAUCCCUGUUCGAGAGCAAAGUCUCACGCCCGGGGAUCUUCAGCUAUUUCUUGGACUUCUGCCUCCCUGCUGAGAAGAGCCUGAUCCAGAUGAUGGAUCAGAAAAGAGGGCUGAUGGAAACGGAGGAAGUUUUUGCCAUUCAGAAGCAGCUGCUGUACUGGGAGCUGCAGAGGGAACCGGUCUUGAAACGACUCGACGUUCCCAGCAAGGAGAAGUGUCCCCGGGAAAAGCAGUGCGUUGAAUGUAAAACUAGAGCAGCCAGCUCGAUUGGCAAGAAUCAGAGUGGCCUUGGUAGCGAGCAGGUGGCCUCGCACGCCCCAAACAGGGGUGUGAAUAGUGGGGUUUCGGUGGCUAGAGCUGAAAAUCCAGAGUGGAGGGAUUUUCCAGGGACUGGGUGUCCAGAGAACUGUUGCAAGAGCCAAAAAGCCCAAGGAAGUUGCCUUAUUCAGCUCACAAAGAACAACCCGGGGUUCGAUUCGGACCCAGAUUGUGGGUUGUUUGGGGACUCCAUCCACGGUGGCAUAGCCCCAGCCAAAGCAGGGAUGUUCCCCGGCUACAGGCUCCCAGAGCACGAGCGUGGCGGCGGAGCGGAGACCACCGCCGGCAAGGCCCAGGUGGGCAGCGAAUGUGAGCCCGAGCACGCUGUGAGCUUCUCCUCGCAGGCGCUGGUGGAGUUCGCCAGCAGCGGGACCCUCUUCUCCAGCCUCUCCGAAAGUCUGGGGAGCUCUGCCUCCAGCUCUUCCUUCACCCAGAACCUCCCUGCCCUCCCCACCAUGGUCACCUUCGACGUCGUCGACGUGGAGCAGGAAGGAGAAGGGGAGUGCGAGCAGCACCCCGAGAUGAACGCCGGUGAGGAUAUUGCCGAGGCCUUUGACGAUGGCUACGGACAGAAAGAGUCGUUGGCCGAAUGUGACGAGAGAAUGUCCCCGGGCUACAGCCCGGGCUCCUUCCAGAGCUGCAACUGGGGUGUCACCAGCCUGCCCCGCCACCUGCGCCUCCACGGGCUGAGCCCCUCCAUGCCAGCGCCGCUCUCCGUCGACCGGAGGAGCCGGUCACUCGACACGGAGAGCCUGGAGUUUGAGCUUGCUGACUUGCAGGUUGCCAAGAGCGGCCCUCAGGCGGGCCGGCUCUGGUCGAAGCAGGAGGGUGGCAAAAAGGACUCGGGCGGAGCGAGGAGGAGCAGGAGCAAGGAGGAGGGUGAGCUGGUGGCUCCCGACGGUGGGUUGAGCUGGCCUGGCUUGCAGCACCUC